AUGGCCGAAGCCCUCGGGGUAGCUUCAAGCGUCAUCGCUGUCGUCGAAUUGACAGGGAAAGUCGCAGGAGCCUCGAUCAAGCUCGUCAACCUGUGGAAAGAGAUCAAACAUGUCCCAGAUGCGCUGCUUGAGAAGGCCGAGCGGCUCAGGGACUUUGAAGACUUUCUUCAGGAGACAGAGAGCCAGGCUGCCAACAGCCCCUUGCCCCAACGAGCUUGGAACAGUGCUCUCUUGCAAAAGUACAUCGCCAGAACCCGGUCUGUGUUAAAGGACCUCCAGGAGAUGGUCGAUCAGCUGUACACCCAGGUCACAGAUCGACGAAGGUUCAAGAGGAAGUUAGCGUCUACAAAGGCUGUUCUUCGAAAGGAAGACCUUUCUGCUUUGGAUUCAAAGCUGAAUUUGGCGUUGGAGCUAUUCAGGCUGGCUCGCGAGCAGUAUUUGACCAGUCGUCUGAUACCAAGUCCACUCAGACGUCUCAUGGGCAAGUUGCCAGUCGAGGUCAAACUGAGGACACCUCGAUUGACUGCGGCACAAACACCAGCCAAUCCCUCGUUGCUAGAGCGCCAGCAAUGGCGAACUUCUCCCACAGACGAACCAUGA